AUGACAGUCCUCCUGCGCAAAGCGAUCGCAGGUCGACUGUGCCACAACCCCGGCAUGCGAGCCACCCCCCCGUUCAUCGUUGCCCAUGCCCAGAACCAUGGUCUGGCCCGACAUGCCCUCUACCGGAGUGACGAAAGCAUGCCAUCGCGGUCGGUCGGACAAUCUGCCCGGUACUCGAUUCGGAUCACCCAACACGAUAAACGAGGUGAUGUUGGCCUGAUACUGCAUCUGAUCGCCAUGGUUCGCUCCGAGUAG